AUGAAGAUGUCGUUCGAGUCGGAGAUCGGUGCGCAGCCCCCCCUCGGAUUCUGGGACCCGCUCGGCCUUCUCGCGGACGCGGACCAGGAGCGGUUCGAGCGCCUCCGGUACGUGGAGGUGAAGCACGGGCGCAUCGCUAUGCUCGCCAUCGCCGGUCACCUGACCCAGCAGAACGUCCGCCUCCCCGGCAUGCUGUCGAACUCGGCGGACCUGUCGUUCGCGGACAUGCCGAACGGCGUGGCCGCUCUGUCGAAGAUCCCCCCGGCGGGCCUCGCGCAGAUCUUCGCGUUCGUGGGCUUCCUUGAGCUGGCUGUGAUGAAGAACGUGGAGGGCUCCUUCCCCGGAGACUUCACGAACGGCGGCAACCCGUUCGCGUCCUCGUGGGACGCGAUGUCGGAGGAGACCCAGGCGUCGAAGCGCGCGAUCGAGCUGAACAACGGGCGCGCGGCACAGAUGGGCAUCCUGGCUCUGAUGGUGCACGAGGAGCUGAACAACAAGCCGUACGUGAUCAACGACCUCCUCGGCGCGGGGUACACCUUCAACUAAACCACCCACCCACCCACUUUUGCGUUCCCUGACGUCGCGAAGCGUUUCCCGUAGGUUUUUGACUAGAAGGGCUGACCUUUUUGUGUUGGUUGGUGGAGCGGGUGUUGUGGUGUGCUGCACGUGCCCCCGAUGCACCUUAGCUCCCCAAUACGAGUGUCUUUCCUAGAUUUUUCUCGGGGUUGGAAUAGAGAAACAAACGUUUACGCAACCCUUUUACGAAGCGGUUCUUGAGGUCUUGAUUUUUGGGUACUCGAGAUAAGACCGCGGUCAACGGUAGUCGUUCGUUCCCUGUUUUGUCGUGAACGCGUGGACUUCUGUUUUGGUUCUUCCGCAAGGGUCUGUGGACUUCCAUUCGAUUGAUGUUGUUGAUGAGUGUCGUGGCAGUCCUGAUUUUUGUGUUCCCCGUCUUUUAGGGCGAUUUUACGCGUGAACCAAGAAGAAAACAACAAUUUGAAUUCCUCGCCAUCUGUGUAGAUGGUGCUGCUGCGCGUGGGGUGUGGUCACUUUCUUGACAGCCCGGGCGCCAUGUGCGUAUGUAUGAUGUCGUUCAAGCGCGUAUGUGCAUUCAUGGAAACUGACUUCAGUAUUGAAGAAGGUCCCCAUGUAGAUGCUUCGUAUUGGCGACCUCGGUCCGAAGUAUUUACGUUGUUGGCACCCACAGCAUACUGCAUGAAUACCGGCUUUCGUCUCGUCCAUCUUUGCUAAAUGCUUCGUACUAGGUGCAAGGUAUCUACGCUAGCACGUCGCAAGUGUGGACAUGAACUUGGUCAGGCAUACCUUGCAUCAUUGCUACACUGAAGGUACUAGGCACACACCGCAAAACAAACGUACGUGCGCAUCGUGUUAGUUCCUCUCGUUUCUGUCGAACCACGACCCCGUCCGACCCCACGGUGUGCGUGCUGACUGUGUUGUCGUUGUGGUGAAGCCUUUGCACCAAAAACUGUUCUCUUUUAUCACAGGCGAACGGUUUGUAAUGUGAAAAAAACAAAAACAUGGAGAUGGAUUUGUUGUGUGAUACUAAG